CUAGUGCACCUAUUUCCUUUCACUGAAASCAAACCUGCAAACCUGAAACAGUUGAUAAAAAAAAGUGUCAUACAUAAGUUGUAGUUUCGCGUCCAUAGGUGAGGUUAAGUGUCCUUGAAUUUUUCCAUAUUUUCUUUAUUUCCGCUGUCCUUCAAACACGGAUGUUUGAAUAAGUUGCGCGACGCUUCUUUUGUAUUAAUUUACGAACCACAUAAAUAUUCAUUCCCGUAUGGAAAUUUUCAAGUCCAAGUUUCUCACUUUUUGAAACUUCAGCCGUAGUCUAGAAAAAUGCGUUGGAUCAGCCAUCUAGACGGCGGCCCCAAGAGAGUAAACCACGCAGCUGUCGCCGUAGGCCACAAGAUAUACUCCUUCGGGGGUUACUGCACUGGCGAGGACUCUAAGGCCUACACUUCCAUGGACGUGCAUGUCCUUAACACCACUACAUUCAGAUGGACGAAGCACCCUGUCAGCGACUUGCCCUAUUUUGAGAACGAUGAUAUCCUGCCCUACAAACGCUACGGCCACAGUGCAGUGGUGUAUGGUGAUAAAGUGUACAUUUGGGGUGGCCGCAAUGACAGGUCUUCUGAUGGYGUGCUGUUCUGCUUUGAUACCACUUGGCAUUGUUGGACGGCCCCCAAAACGACAGGGUGUAUUCCUUUACCAAGGGAUGGACAUACAGCGUGCAUGUGGAAGCAUUACAUGAUUGUUUUUGGGGGUUAUGAAGAGGAGACGGACUCUUUUGCGGAAUCUGUGUAUGCAUUGGAUUUGAAGAAAAUGGAUUGGUCGCAUAUAAAGACCGAAGGGGAAAUCGAACCUACUCUACGUGAUUUUCACACAGCUGUGUGUUUAAAUAAUCGAAUGUAUUUGUUUGGGGGUCGAGGAGGACACACUCUCUUUGGCGAAGAGGUCUAUUCUAAUGUAUUAUGGUACCUUGAUUUAGAAACAUUUAAAUGGGUUCGUCCCCAAGUAUCUGGUGAUAUACCUACAGGACGUAGAAGUCAUUCAGCUUUCGUAUAUAAUAAUAAGAUGUACAUAUUUGGCGGAUAUAAUUAUCUAGAAGAAAAGCACUUUAACGAUAUGUAUGAGUAUGAUCCUCAAACUAGCAGAUGGAGGAUGGUUAACACAAUCGGUCCUAAGCCUUGCGAACGACGGAGACAGGCUUGUGUUAUUGUGGGUGAUAGAUUAUUCCUUUUUGGUGGCACUAGUCCGCAGAUACCAUACCUACGUGAACCUCAAGAAGACAAAUUAAUAGAUCAUUGUGAUUUGUAUAUUUUAGAUUUUAAGCCGAGUUUAAAGACUCUUUGUAUACUUUCUGUGAGGAAAUACAGACUCGACGAGUCAAUUCUGCCCUAUAGUUUAAGGUUGGACGUCAUGAAUAUGUUUACACCCAACAAAAUUACCAUUAGCCGACCCAAUAAAUCCGCAGGUUAAAUCUCACAAUGAGAUGUUUUACAUCGAGAUGUUACCACUUGUUUACGUAAUUUCAUUAUUUUCAGAUUAAGUUUUGUUUUAUUACAUAAAUACUAUGGGCGGCUUUUACAAUUCUCGGAUAAUUUCGUUAUAAUUAUUAUGCUUACAAUUGUUUUAUACAGGUGUGUCAGAACUCGCGCCCUAGAGAAAAAUGCCAUGUAAGGUAAGACACCAGAAACAUGGAAAAAAUGUUAAAAAAUUCUAUCUAUAAGAAUUUCGAAGUUAUGAGAGUUUAAAUUUUACAC